AUGGACGGAAAGAUGGCCCUGAGGCGAUCAUCGAGACUAAGCCAAAAUGUGGAACUGGGCAAAAGUGUGAGCUACGCGCUGGCUGAAAAAACGGACGAUGAGGAUGACAAUUCAGGUGAUAAAAUGCGGGGAAGGGGAAAGAAGAAGGAUGUGAAACGUGUUAACGAGGAAGAAACAAGCACAGAUGGUGACAGCACUACUGAGGAUAGUGAAUACAAAGUAAGUGACAAUGAGAAGAAGGGGCAUUCCGAAGAGCAGGAAGAGGACAGUGAAGAUCACAGGGAUGAUACAAGUGAUGAUUAUACGGGCCGUAAAAGCAAGAAGGGGAACAAUGUUCGUAAAAGUAAGGAUCAACAAAAAAGACGCAAAAGCAUCCGUAACAACAGGGACAGUGACGAAUCAUCAUCAGUUGGAGAUAAAAGGAAAAAAAGCAAGCCCGGAAAAAAAGGCAACCCCAGCAAGCAAAACAAACGAGCAAGUACUGAACAGAGUAUCGUGCUGCAGGAAGAAAACACCAACCAGGAAGAAAGUAAUUCUUCAGAUCAAAACUCCAACAAUGUGAACAAAAACAACAAACAGAAGAAGCCAAAGGGUAAAAGCUACAUAGAAAAACUGCAGGAAGGUGUGGACGACGAAGAUUUUGAUAUUUUUAAAAAGAACAGCAAAUUUGACAAAAAUAAAAGAAUAUCCACCAUCAACAAGGUUAGCAGCGCUUUAGACAUGAAAUCGAAGAAGAGAAAAAGCAUUUACGUGGAAUCCAGUAACACUGAAGAUUCAAGCGAAAGCGAUUAUGAGUACACCACUGAAAAAACGAGACCUACGAAAAAAAUAAAAAAUAAUAACAACAAUAACAGUAAUAAUAAUAACAAACGCAAUGAUAAGGGUUACAGUGGGCUAAACAACAUGAACGCAAAUGCUCAUAAAUAUUUGGAUGACUUUAAUAUGUACGAAAAAAUUAAAAAAGGCCCCAGAAAUUUACACGAAAUUAUAGAAGAAAUUUAUUACUAUUUGUUUAAUACAGAAAAUAACGAAAUGGUUAAGGUGUCCACUUUUUUUUUAAAUUUUCUGGCUGAAUGUUCAGGCAAUGAAACGCUCACGUGGACAAUUGACAUAAUUGAUUAUAUAGACAAGCAAGUAUACCUCUACGAAGAAAUCGCAAAUAACAAAAUUGACCAUCCGUCGACUGCCUCGAACAGGGGCGGGGCGGCUCCCACCUCCAUAACUGAAAUUAUAACCCCCUCAACGGCACAAUCAGGUAGCAAAAUCACCAACAUAGAUGAAAUCAUAAAAGACGAAAUUAACUUUGAAAAGAUAUGCACAUUUAAGUGUAAAAAAUUGGAACAGUAUUUAUCCUCCGACCUCGACAAUGAUGUUUUGAUAAAAAAGAAAAAUGAGAAUAAUAAAUCUUAUAAGUCCUUUACAAGUUUCUUCUCCGAUUUUGCUUACCAUUUCGAUGAGAAUUACAUCCACGAGGUGUUGUACGUGUGCAUAUGGAUAUUCGCCCUCAGCAUAAGUAAGUACAGGAAGAUACGAUUUACUGCUUCUUUAGCAAGUCACUCCAUAUUACUAGGACUCUGCAAAAAAAUUAACUAUAUUAACAACCAUGAGAAGCAAGCGGGGAAGCAGCUACUCGCGGAGUUUGCCCGAGAGAGGGAAAAUACCAACAAAGGGAAUGUUCAGCGGAGGGGUAGCGCCAGCGGCCGGAGCAGCAGAAACAGUGCACAUACCCCGAACACCGCUAACGAGAGAUGGGAAGACGCUGAUAUAGAGGAGCUCAUCCAUUACGCCAAAAAGAGAGGCAACGAAAAAAUCCGAACCAUCGUGGAACGAAAUUUAAUCAUCAGCCAACUCAUCGAUAACAUAAACGAGAAUAGAAAAAAUCUAACCAUCUUGAAUAACUUCCUUGUCUGCACAUAUAACAUAAUAUACAGGAACAAGAUAAAAGACGUGUUUGCAGAUAUAAGGGCAAUAACCCUGGAGUUUUUCCUCCAGUACGUACAGGUGCUAAGCACCUACUUUACCAACAGGAAGUACACCAAGUUGCUGAUUUGGAUUUUGUACGAUAAAGACAGCAAGGUUAAGAUGUACGCAUUGGACAUUUUAAUAUAUCUGUGCACUUUGUACAACACGAAUGGGAAUUUCAAAAUUGUGGAGCUGCUCUACAUGUGUAAGAAAAAAUUACUGAAUUUUAUUUUCGAUGAUGAUUAUAAUGUUCGAGUGAAGACAUUUGAAUUGAUUCUCCAGAUGAGCAAAAUGAAAAUUAGGAAGGCCAAAUUUAUAGCUUUUAAAAAAAGCGCCAAGAAUAGCCCCAUGGCUCCUACCAAGAAGAAGGAGGGGACAACGUCUGAUGCUUCGUCCCAAUAUGAAAGCGACGAGUACGAAGAUCAGGACACGUGUUCCGAUGUGGAAGUGCUUGGAAAUAAUCAGCUGUCCAUAGUGGAGGAUGACGAACAGAAAAAGCAAAAUCAAAUAACAACAGACAUGGUUAAUAUUCUCUCAAAGAAGGAAAAGAAAAUUGUUAGUAACUUAAUAUGGUUUAACAAUAAUAGUAAAAUAUCGAAAAUUAUCACGUCACUUAUUUACGAGUCGCAAAUAAAAAACAAAAUAAAAAAGUACGAUCGCAAGAGGAACAACUAUUUUGACGUAGAACAAAAUGACGCCAACUGUGAAAUUGUAAAAUUUAAUCUCAUUUUUUUGACAAAGUAUCUCAACAGAAACAUCCCCACUGUUAAAAAUUUUGUCCACUAUUUUGAUUACCUCGCCAACUAUAAUGAAAAUAUGAAACUGUACACAGUGAUUGAUAGAUUCCUUAGCGUGAUUAGAGAAAUGCUAGAUGCGGUGAACUGCAUCGAUGUUAUGAUUGAACUGUUGUGCAAGGAUGACAUUGCUUUGGAGACCCAUUGUGGUGGAACGAUCGAAACGAUUACGGAUAAUAACGAACUGGAAGGAAGUGGUAGUGGGGACUGCAAAGUGGCGGAGGGAGACGCGAAGAAGGGGCAGAAAAAUGGAAAGGCGGCCAAAAAAGGGAGCAACAAGGCUAAGGAAAGGCCGAAAAAAAACGCUGGAAGUGAAAGUGAAACUGGAAGCGAAUGUGCAGGUGAAUGUAGCAAUGGUGAGGAAAACCAACUCGAGGUGGUGGCAGUAGAAGCAAACACAGAGCGAGACCUCAGGAAGUGUCUGCUGUACAUCUGCGAAUCGGCGUACAGAAAUUUCCAAAACGAUAUAAACGAAAUGGAGAGGAACAAAAAUAGAAAGACGCCCCCUCAAAGUAGCGACCCAACCGGAACAGAUAAGAACAGCAUACACAACGCGAAGCUAAGUAGUGAUAUGGGCAAAAUUAAAAAGAUGAUCAUCUACACAUUCGGAAUAAUCAAGCACAGUAAGCUCCUCAUAAAACUGCACCAAACGAAUCAGGAACAUUUGUUAUUAGUUUUUAAAAUUUUGAAGGUGGCCAUACAAGAGUGCAAACACAUAUACAGAAAUGGAGAAAAGAAUAAUAUAUACAAUUUCGCGUCCACGAUAAUGGAAUAUUUUAAAAAUGACAUUGACAGCAACAUAAAUUUUUUUUUUAACAACAUUUUUGUACAUUUAAAGGAGACCUACGAGUACCUCUACUACCUGAUAAAAAAUUUGAAGCUGCCAUAUUACUCUGCUAAGUGUACCAUGAAUAUGAUUUCCCUCUUUCUGUCCUUGAACGAUUUCCUUAAGGGGGCCGGUCCUAGCAGCGGCGGAAGUGGCAGCCAGAAGUUGUGCACCGAUAUAUUUUUCGACCUUUAUUACACCCACUUUAACAAUUUCCUAGAUGCCUUUUUAUACUACCGUAAGAACUACAAUGCGGAAAUUGAGUGCGAAGAGGAAGAGGAGGAGUAUAUACAAAAUCGACGUAACAAAGUUGUCAUCGUUAAUGAAAAGUUAAUGCAUAAAGACAGAAAUGUUGUGGAUUCUAUAGAAAACGACUUAGUCUCUAAUCUUACAAAUUUGAUUCAUAUGUAUACUCUGUGCUUCAGCUACAUAAAUAAUGAUUUGUCUAACUACGUGGAAAAAAAAAAUGACAUAAAGAAGAUUAAUAAGAAAAUUAAAAAGGUUAUCGAGAAGGACUAUUUUCAAUUUAUUGUAAAUGAGAAAUGUCAGGAGUACUUCAAGGAGAAUAUUUUCGUGAACGAAUUUUUGGAUAGUCAUGUUUUACAGUAUGGAAGUGAGCAUUCCUCUGAGGACUAUGACAGCGACGAUAGCGGUGACAACCGUGAUGACGACGAUGAGGAGGUGGGGGGAAGCGGGGAAGACAGUGAACCACACAGUGACCACCAUGGCCAACGAGACCAGGAACACACCAGCCGAGCUACCAACCGAAGGAAGAACAAAAAGGCUAAUCGAAAAAAAGGCAAAAAUAAUAAAUCAAACGCUGAAAAAAACGUGUACGACAACUACAUGAGCCGAACUGGCAGUGUCAACAAUCAAAAGAUAAAUAACAAAAUGGCAUUUGAUAAGGACGAAUAUUUGCACCAGGGACAAAAUUUUUACAACCUAUAUUACAGCUCGGAUGCAUGCAUGCAUGCAAAUGUAGUUAUUCAGUUGUGCUUUUACAUAAUAAAGACAAAAAUCAAUUCAGUAUAUUACUAUGAAGAGGAGAGUAGUACCCCCAAAACACCCUCAUCCAGGCUGCUCCUACUCUGCAUAGACCUCAUUUAUGUCAUAUAUGAAAAUUACAUAUACUACCUAUGCAGAAAGAGAUACUUUUUCAACUACUUAUAUAAUAACUUUUUUUUGAACAACGACUCCGCCGUUGGAGCAGACAUAGGGGGAAGUAAAAACGUAAAAAAGGAAAUGAGCGAAAAGAAUAACCCAAGUAAGACAAGCGGGGCAAAUGAAAAAGAACAAAGUGCGGAAGACAAAGAAUCCAAAGGGGAAAACAAACAUGAUACCCCUAGCAGCAAUAUCAAUAUGGACGAUUUAAAAAAUUUGCUUACCCUUAGUGAGAAAAAAAAAAAUAUUCUAAAAAACGUAUUUGUGGAACUCAAUUAUAUAUACAAUAAUUUGCUAACAUUGAGAGACGACUUGAAUGAUGUGUUGGUGUACCUCAUCAAGGCUUCUAACAAUACGAUCCUGAAAUAUGGUACAUUCUUAAAUCUGAUGAAUGUGGCGCAGCUGGAAAAUGUGCUUCUCUACUCUGUGGAGGACGUGAAAAAGUACAAAACGUUGGAGCUCUUUAUAAACGCCUGCUGCAAGGAGGAAGGACAAGUGGACGAGAGCGGUGUGGCCAAUGUGCAGCAGUUGCUAAGUUUGGACGCAAGUAGCAAGACGGGGGGUGCAGCUGACUACACAACCGAGAGCAGCAGCCAUGCGCAGAAGAUGGACGAAUUGGUGCAAGUCUACCUAGAUGCAGACGAACAAAUCAACAAGUAUAAAUACGUGGCGAGGUACGUGUACAAGGAAGACAACGUGCUGUUCAAUUUCGUAACGGAGUUAUUCAAAAACGUGGAAAAUAUAAACAACGACAAUUACAAUUUUGUCAACUCCUUCCUUUCAAUCGACAUAGGUGUGUUCUUCCCCAUAAACACAUACACCUACAUUGCUGAUAUGUGUAAAAUAUACAACAAAGACCAACUCAGCACGGAUCAGAAAAUUUUAGAAAUGCAAUAUACUCAUAUGACGCUAAUAAUAGCUCAGUUUAUUUUACAUUGCAACAAUAUAAAUAUAUUUAACAGUUGCCUAGGGGUCCUUUUAUUAAUUCAUUUGAAUGUAAAGAAUAGAGGACUGUCUUCCAUUGCGUUAAGUUUUCACAACAAAUUAAAAAAAUACAGUAUUGACAUAUUUUAUGAAGUCUUACUAUGCGCAUUAAUUGGGCUGUAUACAGCAUAUAUUAACAACGCACUAGAAGAAAAAGACCUCUUGUUGUUUAGUACCUCUAUUGCUAGCCGGUUGGGAGUUAAAAUUGUGGAGAGGCAGAAACUUCCUCUGUGUAAGUUUAUUCACUCUUGUGUAAAUUGUGCCUUGAACCUAAAGAAUCAAAAUUCAUUUCUAAAAUAUAUUUUUCCCUAUGCUCAAAAGUUAACUCUGUCUGAAUAUCAAAUUGGCUACCUCAAGAAGCAAAUUCUGAACCUCAUAGAAUCAUACAACACAGCUAAUAAUACACAGAUAAAAUUCGAAAACAGCAUAUUUGAACAUAUGUUUCUGAUCAUUUGUAAGAAAAGAAAACUCAACGAAGAAUUUAGGGACUCCAAUUAUGAAAACUCGUAUAUGAAUCUUAACGAAAGUAUCCAUAUGAAUAUAAGCAAAAAUAUUGCCAAACGGAUCAGUAGGCAAUCUAAUGCACCCUCUAUAAAAACGAGGAGGAGCUCCCAGGAGGUCAAUAUUCAUGUUAAUAAAAGCGUGACGCAAAAUGGGAACAAUUCCGAUGGAAGUCACGGUGACUCCGAUUCGGAUACAGAUACAUCCAUCGAGGUUGUAACAAAAGGCGGGACAAAGAUUCGACAGAAUGAUGUAAAUGAAGACAGAGAUAAAAAUAAGCACGCUUCCAAAAUUAAGGAGGAACUCUUGCAUGAGGGGGAUGACGAUUCUCGAGAGGAGGUUGGGAAGAGUAGGAAUAAAGACAGAGAAAAAGCGCCAACUUUGGAGAACAAUGCACCGCGUGGCGAUAACGCACAGGACUCGGAUUAUGAAAGGACACCGUCGAAUUCAACGCUCAGCAACUUUAUCAGCCAAAACGAAGAUGAAGACAAUGUGUGCUUGAUCGGGCAAUCUAACCGCGUCAAUGCCAACCACGGAAAUAAGGGAGCCCGUCGUAAUGAUGAACAGUACAUGUACGAAAUCAAUUCUAGCCCCAAACCAAUAAGGACCAAAAACGUGACCAAGCUCAAUCUAAUAAGCAACGAUGGUUUGGGCUCUAACAUGAAUACGGACCGCGCGGACAAAUCUCCAAAUGGAACUCCAAAACAUUCGGAUGACCGGUCCCUCAACAGCUCCCUAAAUAAUGUCAGCGAUAAGGACAAUGAUGAUGUGUCCAUCAUAUCUGAGAAGAAGGACAAGUUGAAUUAUCUACAAGAAAACGAUGAUGAUUCCAAUUCGGACAUGAUACCUGGCAUAUCUCCCAUGAAAGCUCGCAAAAAAAAUAAAAGUGAAUUGUCCACCCCUAUUUCGUAUGCCGACGAUUUGAUGAAUUUCUGA